UGGCUUCUUCGUUUUCCUGAGGUGUGUGUGAAAGUGUGAAUUGUGAUUUGUGAAAAAAUAGGCGGUUGACGUUGAGUCCAUCAAACUCUGAAGCUCUCUUUACUUCCAGCUAAUUCACAAUUUGGAAAGAAAGACACACUUAUUUCUUUGCAAUUUCAACCUAAAAUCAUUUGAAAAAAGAAUCCAAACCAAAAAUGGGAAAGCGACGCAAUCAGCCCCUAAUCGAUUCAGACUCGAGUAGCAGUGGUUCUGAAUCAGAUUUGGAAUCGGAACUUCUAUCACUUGCAAAAAAACGUAAGAAGCCAGAGGAAGGAAAUGAGAAAGCAGUGCACAAAGGAAAUAAUUCUUCAGACUCCGACUCAGACUGGGCGGGUGGUAAAAAUAAUCCAAGCACUACUCAAAAAAAGAAGCGUACAAAGAAAAUGAGUAAAAGUUCUGAUUCUGAUUCAGACGAAGACGAUUCGGAUAAGGAUGAGAAUGUAAAAAACGAUAGCGCAGAGGAAGAUGAGGAUGAUGAUAAAGAUAGGAAUAAUAUUGAUGCCCCAAAAGAAGACAGCUUAGCACUGAAAAAACCAGACAAAGGGGCCGAAUCUGAACAGGAGGAAGGCGAGGUGUCUGAUAGUGACGAUGAAGAAAGCGAUGGAUCUUCAUCAUCAAAUUCAUCCUCCUCGUCAUCAUCCAGCUCUGAUUCGGAAUUUGAUGAUGGCUAUGAUGAAAAUCUUAUGGGAGACGAAGAAGAUCGUGCUAGACUUAACGGAUUGUCUGAAAAAGAGCGUGAGACUGAGAUUUUCAAGCGUAUCGAACGUCGUGAUAUGAUGCGUACCCGUUGGGAAAUCGAACGUAAACUUAAGCUAGCACGCCGUGGUGAAAAAGCUGUUAUAGAUAAAAUUAAAAAAGACAAGAAACAAAAAAAGCAAAAGAAGCAGAAAAAGAAGGCCAAGGAAACAAUUGUUGAGAAGACUAAAUCGCUAAGUCCGUCACCACCACCACAACCAGUGCUGCCUGAGGCACCCGUCGAACUAAAAUUAGUUCCAGCUAGGUCCAGUCCUUCUCCAACUGCAGCGGCAACAUCGAGUCCAGAAAGGAAAAGUGACGAUGAAGCGAUGAUGGGGUCCACAGAUUACUUCGACCCUAAAGAGCGGUCCAAAGAGCGUAAGAAAAAUGUAGAGAUGAAUAAAACAGACGACAAGAGAAGUAAUGCCAUGGCUCUAUUAAAAGCCAAACGCGAGGGCAAAGCGAAAAGAGAGGAAGAAGAAGCAAAGCGUCAAGCUGAAAAGGAGCGGGAAGAAGAGAAAGAAGAACUCGAAGGUGUUUCAUCAGGGAAGCAAAGUAGCGUUAAACUCAAAGCUUCUGAUAUCUAUUCAGACGACUCCGGUAGUAGUGAUUCUGAAGAAGAGGAAAAGCCAUCAGAAAAACGAUCAGCUAGCAGCAGCAAAUCUUCAAGUUCAUCUGAGGAUGAAGAGAAGACAGAAAAGAAACCCGUUUACAUCUCAACACGCGAAGAACUGAAUAAAAUGCGUUUAUCGCGGUAUAAAAUGGAGCGUUUUGUCAACUUGCCAGUAUUCGAAAAAACUGUUAUGAACUGCUUUGUGCGUAUAAGUAUUGGCAACAAUGGAGCUAAGCCUGUCUACCGUGUAGCAGAAGUUGUCGGAGUGGUAGAAACUGCGAAAAUCUAUCAAUUAGGAACGACUAAAACAAAUCGGGGACUGAAACUUAAACACGGCACUCAAGAGCGAGUGUUUCGUUUGGAAUUCAUUUCCAAUCAAGAAUUUACUGACAGUGAGUUUGGAAAAUGGCGUGAAAUUUGUUCAACGCAGAAUGUACAAAUGCCCACAUUAGAAAUGAUGGAAAAGAAAGCUCGUGACGUCAAAGAUGCGUUUAACUAUGUGUUUAAAGAAGAGGACGUCGAUAAAUUGGUGGAAGAGAAAAGCCGCUUUAGAAAUAGACCCACUAACUACGCAAUGAAGAAAACUUGUUUGAUGAAAGAACGGGAUGCGGCUCUAUUGCGUGGAGAGUAUGAGGUCGCUGCCGACCUUGGUAAACAAAUCGAUCAAUUGGAGACGCGUGCUAAUGAACUAGAUAAAAAGAGAUCAAGUAGUAUUAGUUUGAUUUCAUACAUAAACGAUAGAAAUCGAAAGCGCAAUGUAGAGGAGGCUGAGAAAGCUAUAAUGGAAGAAGUACGAGCCAAUAAGGGCUUGAAAAUUUCUGAUCCAUUUACUAGAAGAACAACGCAACCACGAAUGGGUUUCAAGUCUGCAGAAAAGAAAGAAGAGGAACUCUUGCCCAUGGUUCCAGCACCGCCUCCACCAGGCAAAAGGAGAACCGACGAAUCAAAGAAGCCGCAGUCUAACGAUUACAGCCUCUAUUCGUUGCAUGAUUUUGACAUUGAUCUAGAUGUUCCUUUGCCCGUUAAUUCAGUGACGGUUGUACCGAAGCCUAUACCAAAGGUUAAUGAAGCAGCGCCAAAACGCUCACUCAAUUUAGAAGACUACAAGAAGAAACGCGGUCUUAUUUAGUCAACCUAAUGACUUAAUAACUUACAAAAACGUAGUUCAUUUAAAAUGGUAUCCAACUUAAACAAUAAGAAACUCAUUUUACCUAUAAGAAAUAUAGCGCCACAAACAAGCAUGUGGCAAAGUGAAAGAAAAUACAAACUUUCUUAGAUUUAAGAUUUUGUUUUCGCUGCUUGGAGAUAUUGCAAAACAAGACACUGAAAGGACUUACCACGACUUUUUGUCUUUAACUAAAAUAAAAAAAAUGAAGUCAUAUUCAUGGGCAAAAAGUACAAAAACUGACCAUUUAUAUUUUCUGUCUAAAAUAUUCAUUGCAAAAAUGAGCGAAACAAACGUCAUUCUAGCCAAGUAUGGCUCUUCAAUGAAGUAAGAUGUGGAGACAGACAUUAGCCAUUAUUAGAAUAUAAAUGUAUAUGAAUGCAUGCUGAGUUAAGCGUCUUUAAGUUGAAUUAUCUGCUCGAUCUUAAAUUUUACUUAAUAGAUUGCACACCAUCCGUAAUAAAUCGUUGUAAGUCCAUAAAAUGUCUUGUUUUAUAAACAUCUCUUUAAAUCACAAUGCUAAAAGUAGUGGCAAUGGGCUAUCUGAUACAUAUUCUAGAGAAUUAUACGUACAUAAUGUACAUAUUGAGAUUUUGUAUGUUUAUUAAAUAAAAGGAAAACGUUUUUCCGUUUGUGAACAUAAUAACAUACUAUUAUUAAAGUAAACAAAGGAAAUCAAAGCAACGCUUCCUACGUUCGAUUUAGUAUGUAAUUUUGUUAUUCUAUUAGUAUCUUAAUUUUAUGCUUUGCAAGAUAAAAUGAUUUGUAAUUUUAAUUUAUUUAAACUAAAAUAAUUGGAAUAACAGAAAUAAUAAAAUUCAUAUUUCCAUUGUAGGGGUAUUAAGGCUUAUAAAACUGCUGAAUUUAGAGUGAAAAUUUAAACUAAUAAAUAAAAUAAGUUGGAGUCUUAAAACUCAUUUUGGCUUUCAAGUGUGCAUACCCCUUUUCUGUUGGAGAAAAUUCUCAAUCCGUGAAUGACAUUUUCAACAAAAUCACAUAUCUUAUUAUUUUCUGUAAAUUAAUUUAAAAUACAUUUGAUGAAGUUAUUUUAUAUUUAGGUCGUACAUAAUGUAUGUAUGUCACAAAUGUAGUUGAUUUUAAAUAUUUUGUUUACUGUACAAAAAAUGUAUUAUGAUGUUUUAACUCCAUUUAUUAUUUGUAUAUCUGACGAAAAUAGAAAAGAUUCCAGUUGUUUAUGAAAUUUUUCAGUUAUAAAUAAAAACACCUUAUUUGUCAUAAGUUUUCCAUUUAGUUUUAAGAAUACAAAUCAUAAAGUAUUAAAGUAAAUUAAAAAUGCAA